UUUUGAUAUUUGUUGAUAUUUAAGGUGAAGUUGAGAAGCAUUUUGGUGACGAGAUGAACGCACGUCCGGUGCUCCUUCCAGGGCGGCCGCCACCAUCGACCCUCGACGCUCUCGUCUUCCCUCGCGCAUCCACCGCAAUCCUUCUCCGCUGCCAUGGUGAACAUUCCCAAGACCCGAAAUACCUUCUGCUGGAAAUGCAAGAAGCAUCAACCACAUAAAGUUUCCCAGUACAAGAAGUCCAAGGAGCGUGCAUUUGCCCAAGGUCGCCGACGUUACGACAGGAAACAGUCUGGAUAUGGUGGCCAGUCCAAGCCUAUUUUCAGGAAGAAGGCCAAAACUACCAAGAAGAUUGUGCUAAAGAUGGAAUGCAACAAGUGCAGAAUCAAGAGCCAGAUUCCUCUUAAGAGAUGCAAGCACUUCGAACUGGGUGGAGACAAGAAGAGAAAGGGAAUGAUGAUCCAGUUCUAAGCCGUCAUUCAGAAUAAAAAAAAAAAAAAAUCCA